UCAUGACCUGAGCCGAAGGCAGACGCUUAACGACUGAGCCACCCAGGUGCCCCUCAAAACCCAUUUAUUGCCCCAUCCCUACAACCUGGUCAUCUGUUUUGCCCCCCAGGUAUUUAGGGGACUCUUUGGCAAAGUGUAUCAGGGAGAGACCAGGAGGAACUGGGGCAAGCCUGGAUUGAGGAGCGAGGUGAGGAGGUUGACGUUGUGUUUAGGAAAGGGGAAUGGGAGGUGGGAGGGCAGAGGAGGACCGAGCUUCUCGAAUUCACAGGAGCUCCCACGUGGGCCCUGGAGAUCUCAGUGCUGAGGCUCAGCCAACCUGGAAGCCUCUCAAACCCACAAGACAUGCCCUGGCCAGGCCACAUGCCUUUUGGAUCACCUGCUGGCAUGGUCUACCCUUUUGACCCUCCCACUGGGGGAUGGAGCACCUGCAGCUGAGACCCUUUCCCUGGUGAUUUCACUUCCCAGCCACCUCUUUUGGGUCUGUGCGGCACAAAUGCGAAUCUUCAGGGCUCUUUGGACCCAGAGAGGUUACUCUGAAUGGUCUAUGCUGAGGAGAAUUCAAUUAUGAAAUAAGGUCAGUGUCCCUAGAAGUUCAAACUCCAGCCAAAUUUCCCUGGUCCUUACAUGUAUCCUCAGAGAAAGGUAAACUAUGCAAGAGACACAGUUAACCAAAGCCCCCAAAUCCAGUGGAACCAGCUACUGAGGGCUAAAAGAGGACAGUUUUUUAAGACGAUGCCAAGCCAAUCUCUAGGGCUGAGGAUAUUUCAAAUACUACUACUCAGGCUGGGGAUAAUUCAAAUACUACUACUGUUAAUAAUAAUUAGUUACUACUACUAUUAAUAGUUGAUAAUAACAGCAAUUAUUUAUCGAGUCCCUAAACUGUGCUAAAACUUUAUUCUAAUGAGUUUAAUCUUUAUAGCCAUCUAUGCUAUAGAUAAUAUUAUAAUUCCCAUGAGGGAGCUAAGGCUCAGAGAAGAUGAGUCACUUGUCUUAGGUCACACAGCUAGCAUGUGAUGGACGCAGGCAUCAGACCUGGUUUUUGUGAAUCUGAAGUCCAUCUCCUUCAUGAGCCUUUCUGGUGUCCGCUUUCUUCUUUAUUUCUAACUUCUUUCCAUUAUGAUUCCUGGUGAGUAGGGACAGAAGCCAGUCAAGUUUGCCGGACAUCCAUCAACCAGGCCCUGGUCACCUGGUCUCAGCCCAGCUUUGCCCGUCUUGCCGUGUGAAUCUUGGCUCCCGGCCUGGCCCGCAGCCAUGGCCACAAUGGUGGCCCAGAAGCUCAGCCAUCUGCUGCCCGCUUUGCGGCAGGCCCACCGGGAGCCGCGGCGCUCCGGGCGGCCAGAGCCCGUGUUCACGGUGGCCCGAGCCGAGGUGCCGCGCCUCUUCUGGAAGCCGUACAUCUACGUGGGCUACCGGCCGCUGCACCAGACGUGGCGCUUCUACUUCCGCACGCUCUUCCAGCAGCACAACGAGGCGGUGAACGUCUGGACCCACCUGCUGGCCGCGCUGGUGCUGCUGCUGCGGCUGGCCAUCUUUGCGGGGACCGUGGACUUCUGGGGAGACCCCCACGCCCUGCCCCUGUUCAUCAUUGUGCUUGCCUCCUUCACCUACCUCUCCCUCAGCGCCUUGGCUCACCUCCUGCAGGCCAAGUCCGAGUUCUGGCACUACAGCUUCUUCUUCCUGGACUACGUGGGCGUGGCCGUGUACCAGUUCGGCAGCGCCCUGGCGCACUUCUACUACGCCAUCGAGCCUGCCUGGCACGCCCGGGUGCAGGCCGUCUUCCUGCCCACGGCCGCCUUUCUCGCCUGGCUCUCUUGCACUGGCUCCUGCUACAACAAGUACAGCCAGAAGCCUGGCCUGCUGGGCCGCACCUGCCAGGAGGCGCCGUCGGCGCUGGCCUACGCGCUGGACAUCAGCCCCGUGGCGCACCGCAUCCUGGUGUCCCCCGAGCCGAGCGCCGCUGACCCCGCCCUUCUCUACCACAAGUGCCAGGUGGUCUUCUUCCUGCUGGCCGCCGCUUUCUUCUCGGCCUUCGUGCCCGAGCGCUGGUUUCCUGGCAGCUGCCACCUCUUCGGGCAGGGCCACCAGCUCUUCCACGUGUUCUUGGUGCUGUGCACGCUGGCUCAGCUGGAGGCCGUGGCCCUGGACUACGAGGCCCGGCGGCCCAUCUACGAGCCUCUGCACACCCGCUGGCCCCACAACUUCUCUGGCCUCUUCCUGCUCACCGUGGGCAGCAGUGUGCUGACGGCGUUUAUCCUGAGCCAGCUGGUGCGGCGCAAACUCGACCAGAAGACCCAGUGAAGGGCCGGGGCUGGGUGGGGCGGGGUGGCGGCUGGUAGGGGAGGGAGGUAGAGUGGGAGCCCCGGGGUCCCGGCUUGGCUCCAGAGGGGAACAAGGCCUGGUAAAGUUGUUUGUGUGUGGCCUGCGGUGACUUUCUGUGCACGCCUCAGCUGCCAAAGGCGGUACUGGCCAGUCCCUGGAUUUGGGGAUUGGCCAGGAGCUGCUGGGGUUCACUCCUGGCCCUGCCCCAGCCCCCUGCCCUGGGAGAGGAGAAGAGAUAAAGAUGGGUGCUGCCGACCAGGCUUGCCUCUCCCCAUUGCCUCUCACUAGGGGUGAGGAUCGGGGGUCAGCUGGGGCCAGGACCCUGGUUGGGAGCUUCCAGAUUAUCUGAGAGGGGGUGAAGGUAGACUUUAGGCCAGAGGCAGAAGAGGCCUCAGCAAACCCCCCGCCCUCCGCCAGAUUUCACUGGUGGACAGGGAAGGGGCAGGCCCCAAAUGUAUGUAGGAUCUUACCAUCCCUUGAGCUCCAGCCUGGAGUUUUGGAGUUCCACAGAGUGUCCAAAAGUAGAAGAUGGUGCUAGGGAGAAAUGGAUCCCACCCAGUGCCCAUACCUCCUCAGUCACUGUCCCACACAGUGAGCCCCAGCCUUUCUAGCUCUGGCCUCUGUGACCCACACAUCUUGUUCCCAGCCUCUCUCCUGGUUUCCUUGUCCAUGAUUCAGUUACCCAUUUCAGUGUUUCCUGGGCCUCUGCUCAGAGGCAGGCUACCAGCUGAGUCCUGUGGAUCAAUGCAGGAUGAUGAGAGUUUUAAUACGGGAAUGACCUGUCAGGGGAAGCACCAAGGAGGAAUAAUGCUGCCUGCGACCCUCACGGUCUUGGGUUGGGAAGGGUGAAUAGGAGUUUGCAGAUGAAGAAGGGCAUUCCAGGCAGAGGGAAAAGCCUCUACAAAGGCCAAAGACGUACUGAAGGGAGUUCAGCGGCGCUGGAGGUGGGGGUGGUCUGGACUCCCGAUAUGUCCAGGAUGCAAUAAAGGACUGAUAAGAGCA